CAUAAAAUAAAUAGAAUCCCCUUCCGCUGCUCAUUUGUUCGUCGCUGCCGCUGUCAGUGCCGCGUUACAUCAUCUCGGUUUGAAAUAAAAAAUUGUGCAUCACCUUCUCUUCAUCUCAACAAUACUCCGAAUCGGCAUAGAAUGGAAGAAGAGUCAAUAGAAUUUGAAAUUCCAAAGCCUAUAUUUAGAGACAUAAGACGCUAUUUUUGUGAUUACUGUGGAAUUUGCCGAUCUAAAAAGUCUCUUCUCACUUCUCACAUCCAAACCCACCAUAAGCAAGAGCUAAGCAAGAAAAUAAGUGAUGAAAGUAAAGUGGAAACGAGUAAUAUUUGUGAAGAAUGUGGUGUUAGUUUCAAAAAGCCUGCAUAUUUGAAACAACAUAUGCAAAGUCAUUCACUUGAGAGGCCAUUUUCGUGUUCAGUUGACGACUGCCAUGCCAGUUAUAGAAGGAGAGACCAUUUAACUCGCCACCUUCUUACUCAUAACGGAAAACUCUUCAAGUGUCCUAGAGAGAAUUGCAAGCGUGAGUUUGUUUUCAAAGGCAAUGUGAAGAGGCAUGUUGAAGAAUUUCAUAAUAAGGGUUCUUCGACUGAUGUUGGUGAAGAUCAGUACGUUUGCCAGGAAAAUGGGUGUGGAAAGGUGUUUAAAUAUUUGUCAAAGCUGCGAAAACAUGAGGAUUCUCAUGUUAAAUUGGAUGCAGUGGAAGCUAUCUGUCUAGAACCCGGCUGUAUGAAACAUUUUUCUAAUAGUCAAUGCCUUAGAGCCCAUAUCCAGUCGUGCCACAGAUACAUGACUUGCGAGAUUUGUGGGACAAAGCAAUUGAAAAAGAACAUCAAGAGGCAUCUACACACUCAUGAACCAGGAAGCAAAUCAACAGAUCCAAUUAAAUGCCAUUUUGAGAAUUGUUGUCACGCAUUUUCUAAUGAAACAAAUCUUAAUCAACACAUUAAGGCUGUGCACCUUGAGGUUCGCCCAUUUGUCUGUGGGUUUCCGGGAUGUGAUAUGAGAUUUUCAUACAAACACGUCAGAGAUAAUCAUGAAAAAUCAGCCUGCCAUGUGUAUACUUCUGGUGAUUUUGAGGAGUCCGAUGAGCAAUUCAGGUCAAGGCCUCGAGGUGGGAGGAAGAGGAAAUGUCCGUCAGUAGAAAUGCUAAUACGCAAGAGGGUUACAGCACCAGCCGAUUUGGACGAGUGUUGCGCUCGGUUUCAGGCAAUGGACAGUGAGGAUCAGUCAUGAGUCAACAUUCCUGGACUGACCUGAUCGAAUCACUUGUUACUGAUUCUUUCUGGAUAUUAUGUAUAGUUGUGUAUGAAAUGUAUAGUGUUCCUCAGUAUAUUUUGCCUCCUGGUGCUCCAUUAUAAAGCUAAGGAUCUGAACAGAUUAAUGUUCUCUAUAUGACCCUUUUGUAUGGUGACUGAUAUUUUGAGUGAUUUAUUUAGUAUUUAGACAUAAUUGUGUA